AUGGCGGACGUUAUCCCCCACAACAGCUUCGACACCAUCCUUGUCCUGGACUUUGGUAGCCAGUACACCCACCUGAUCACCCGUCGCCUCCGAGAGAUCAAUGUCUACUCUGAGAUGCUCCCGUGUACCCAGAAGCUCGCCGAGCUGACCUGGAAGCCCAAGGGUAUCAUCCUCUCUGGAGGUCCCUACUCCGUCUACGAGGAAGGCUCCCCCCACGUUGACCCCGCCUUCUUCGAGUUGGGUGUCCCUGUUCUGGGAAUCUGCUACGGUCUCCAGGAGAUUGCCCACCGUCUCCACGCCGAUAACGUCGUCGCCGGUACCUCCCGUGAAUAUGGUCACGCCGACCUGAAGGCCACUCGCUUCGGAGGCCAUGUGGAUAAGCUGUUCGACGGUCUCGAGGAUGCCAUGACCGUGUGGAUGUCCCACGGUGAUAAGCUCUGCAACCUGCCCGAGGGUUUCCACACCAUUGGUGAAACUCAGAACUCUGAGUUCGCUGCCAUUGCUCACAAGUCCGAGCCCGUUUACGGCAUUCAAUUCCACCCCGAGGUCACCCACACUCCUCAAGGUGGUCAGCUUCUUAAGAACUUCGCUGUUGGCAUUUGUGGUGCCGACCAAAAGUGGUCUAUGUCCGAGUUCAUUGGCCGCGAGAUCAAGCGCAUUCGCGACCUUGUUGGCCCUACCGGUCAGGUUCUUGGUGCGGUUAGCGGAGGUGUGGACUCUACAGUUGCUGGUAAGUUCAACCCAACGAGACCUGGAGACCUUGCCGAGGGCAGUUUGGAUAUCCAAAUUGUCCUUGAGUUGGCCAAGCUUCUGACCGAGGCUAUUGGAGACCGUUUCCAUGCUGUGCUGGUCGACAACGGCUGCAUGAGACUGAACGAGUGUGAGCUUGUCAAGGAUGUUUUGGAGAAGCAGCUCGGUAUCAACCUUACCGUUGUGGACGCCAGUGAAGAGUUCUUGGCUGGUCUGAAGGGAGAGAACGACCCCGAGAAGAAGCGUAAAUUCAUCGGUGGCAAGUUCAUUGAUGUGUUCGAAGCCGAGGCCCGCAAGAUUGAGGCCUCCUCAAAUGGAAAGGUCGAGUGGUUCUUGCAGGGAACUCUCUACCCUGAUGUCAUCGAGAGUAUCUCUUUCAAGGGUCCUUCCCAGACCAUCAAGACUCACCACAACGUCGGAGGAAUUGCCGAGCGUCUCAUGGCUGGUCACGGCCUGAAGCUCAUUGAGCCAUUGCGCGAACUCUUCAAGGACGAGGUCCGCGAGCUCGGCCGUCAGCUCAACAUCUCUGAAGAGCUUGUUGGCCGCCACCCCUUCCCUGGCCCUGGUCUCGCUAUUCGUGUCCUGGGUGAGGUCACCAAGGAGAAGGUCGACAUGGCCCGUAAGGCCGAUCACAUCUUCAUCGGCAUGAUCCGCGAAGCCGGUCUGUACAACGAGAUCGGCCAGGCCUACGCCGCGCUGGACCCCUCCCGCGCCGUUGGUGUCAUGGGCGACAAGCGCGUGUACGCCAACAUCAUUCUGCUGCGUGCUAUCUCCACCAAGGACUUCAUGACCGCUACCCCCUACCCCUUCCCUUACGAGUUCUUGACCAAGGUCUCUACCCGCAUUGUCAACGAGGUCGAGGGUGUUUGCCGUGUGGCAUACGACUUCACCAGCAAGCCCCCUGGUACCAUUGAGAUGGAGUAG